AUGCUCGGCCACUACGAUGUGCGAAAAUACUUGAACAAACAGCUAGCGUUAUCAUGUAGCCUGAUUGCUCUCUCCAGCUUCAACUAUGCUUUCGAUAACCAAGGAUUUGCCCAAACCCAGGCCAUGGAUGCCUUCGAGAAGAGAUUUGGUGUCUAUGAUGCAGAAGCCAAAAACUGGGCCCUCGACACUCAGUGGAAGUCAUACUUCAACGGACUCCCGUAUUUGACCUUCGCCUGUGGUACGCAGUGA